UCCAUGCCAUCACAUCCCACCUUGCCAGGAUGUAUCGAUGAUGGAGUCCUGGGAGGUUUUCCCAUCCCUGGGAAAGUCAGCUUUACGUAGAUGGCCCCCCCAGGGCAGGCCCUGCGGACACCCCUCCCUCCGGCUGGCGGAUGCAGUGCCUAGCGGCUGCUCUUAAGGACGAAACCAACAUGAGUGGGGGAGGGGAGCAGGCCGACAUCCUGCCGGCCAACUACGUGGUCAAAGAUCGCUGGAAGGUGCUGAAAAAGAUCGGGGGCGGGGGCUUUGGUGAGAUCUACGAGGCCAUGGACCUGCUGACCAGGGAGAAUGUGGCCCUCAAGGUGGAGUCGGCCCAGCAGCCCAAGCAGGUCCUCAAGAUGGAGGUGGCUGUGCUCAAAAAGCUUCAAGGGAAGGACCACGUGUGCAGGUUCAUUGGCUGUGGCAGGAAUGAGAAGUUUAACUACGUGGUCAUGCAGCUCCAGGGCCGGAAUCUGGCUGACCUGCGCCGCAGCCAGCCGCGAGGCACCUUCACGCUGAGCACCACACUGAGGCUGGGCAAGCAGAUCCUGGAGUCCAUUGAGGCCAUCCAUUCUGUGGGCUUCCUGCACCGUGACAUCAAGCCGUCAAACUUUGCCAUGGGCCGGCUGCCCUCCACCUACAGGAAGUGCUACAUGCUGGACUUUGGGCUGGCCCGGCAGUACACCAACACGACGGGUGACGUCCGGCCGCCUCGGAACGUGGCCGGGUUUCGGGGAACCGUUCGCUAUGCCUCAGUCAACGCCCACAAGAACCGGGAGAUGGGUCGCCACGACGACCUGUGGUCCCUCUUCUACAUGCUGGUGGAGUUUGCAGUAGGUCAGUUGCCUUGGAGGAAGAUCAAGGACAAGGAGCAGGUGGGGGUGAUCAAGGAGAAGUACGAGCACCGAAUGCUGCUGCGGCACAUGCCCUCUGAGUUCCACCUCUUCCUGGACCACAUCGCCAGCCUCGACUACUUCACCAAGCCUGAUUACCAGCUGAUCAUGUCGGUGUUUGAGAACAGCAUGAAGGAGCGGGGCAUCGCCGAGAACGAGGCCUUUGACUGGGAGAAGGCUGGCACCGACGCCCUCCUGUCCACAAGCACCUCGACCCCACCCCAGCAGAACACCCGGCAGACAGCAGCCAUGUUUGGAGUGGUCAACGUGACGCCAGUGCCUGGGGACCUACUCCGGGAAAACACGGAGGACGUACUACAGGGAGAGCACCUGAGUGAUCAGGAGAAUGCACCCCCAAUCCUGCCUGGGAGGCCACCCGAUGGGCUGGGCCCUGGCCCUCACCUCAUUCCCCACCCUGGGGGUCCUGAGGCCGAGGUGUGGGAGGAGACGGACGUCAACCGCAACAAGCUCCGGAUCAACAUUGGCAAAACCCCCUGUGUGGAGGAGGAGCAAAGUCGAGGAGUGGGGGUCCCCAGCUCCCCAGUGCGUGCCCCCCCAGACUCCCCAACAACCCCAGUGCGGUCUCUGCGUUACCGGCGGGUCAACAGCCCUGAGUCGGAGAGGCUUUCCACGGCUGCCGAUGGGCGGGUGGAGCUGCAUGAGAGGAGGUCACGAAUGGACCUACCUGGCUCCCCAUCGCGCCAGGCCUGCUCCUCGCAGCCAGCCCAGAUGCUGUCCGUGGACACGGGCCACGCCGACAGGCAGGCCAGCGGCCGCAUGGACGUGUCGGCCUCAGUGGAGCAGGAGGCCCUGAGCAACGCCUUCCGCUCCGUGCCGCUGGCCGAGGAGGAGGACUUUGACAGCAAGGAGUGGGUCAUCAUUGACAAGGAGACGGAGCUCAAGGACUUCCCUCCCGGGGCCGAGCCCAGCACGUCAGGAACUACAGACGAGGAGCCCGAGGAGCUGAGGCCGCUGCCCGAGGAGGGCGAGGAGCGGCGGAGGCCGGGGCCGGAGCCCGCGGUCCGGCCCCGUGGACGUGGCAUGCAGACGCUGGCAGAGGAGGACCUGCGGCAGACGCCGCUCCAGCCAGCGCCGUCCCAAAUGAGCCAGGCGGAUGGCCGGUCGGAGACAUCGCAGCCCCCCACGCCUGGAAGCCCUUCCCACUCACCCCUGCAUUCGGGACCUCGCCCUCGCCGGAGAGAGUCGGACCCCACGGGCCCUCAGAGACAGGUCCCUGUGUGCCCCUUGCAGGUGUUCUCCGUGGCGCCUCCCUUUGAAGCGAACGGCCUCCCACGAGCUGUGCCUCUGAGCUUGCCCUACCAGGACUUCAAGAGAGACCUCUCCGACUACAGGGAGCGGGCUCGGCUGCUCAACAGGGUCCGGCGGGUGGGCUUCUCGCACAUGCUGCUCGCCAGCCCGCAGGUCCCGCUGGCUCCCCUUCCCCCUCAAGCUAAUGGGAAGGAGGGAGAGGAGGAGGAGGAAGAAGAGGAGGAAGAGGAGGAAGAGGAGGACGAGGAGGAGGAGGAAGAGGAGGAAGAGGAGGAAGAGGAGGAGGAGGAGGAGGACGAGGAGGCAGGGGCCCUCGGGGAAGUGCUGGGGCCUCGCAGCGGCUCUAGCAGCGAAGGGAGCGAGAGGAGCACCGACCGGAGCCAGGAGGGGGCCCCGUCCACGCUGCUGGCCGACGACCAGAAGGAAUCCAGAGGCCGGGCCUCCAUGGCAGAUGGGGACCUGGAGCCUGAGGAGGGAUCCAAAACGCUGGUGCUCGUCUCCCCUGGUGACAUGAAGAAGUCACCAGUCACUGCCGAACUGGCCCCCGAUCCCGACCUGGGCACGCUGGCCGCCCUCACUCCCCAGCAAGAGCGGCCGCAGCCCACGGGCAGCCAGCUGGACGUGUCCGAGCCAGGCACCCUGUCCUCGGUUCUCAAGUCCGAACCCAAGCCCCCGGCGCCUGGGUCAGGGCUUGGGGUUGGGCUGGUGACCCCAGGGGCCGGGGGCGUGGCAGUCACCUCCUCACCCUUCACCAAAGUCGAGAGGACUUUCGUGCACAUCGCAGAGAAAACCCACCUCAACGUCAUGUCUUCCGGGGGACAAGCCUCGAGGCUGGAGUUCAGCAACGGGGACGAGCUGGGUCUGGAGAGGGUCUCCGAAGGGGACGCUGCGGACGAGGGGGCCCCCGUGCCUCUGUCAGAACUGGACGGGGCACAGAUGGAGAGCUGUGUCCUGUCUGCCCUUCCCGGGGCGACCCCUCCAGAGGUGACCACGGACUCACUGCCCAAUGGCCCAGCGCUUGCCGAUGGGCCGGCCCCAGCGUCCCCGCUGGAGCCAGGCUCCAAGAAAGGGGUCACCAUCUCCCCCAGCCGCCCCGCUUUGCCAGGCCCUCGCCUCAGGAGCCGUAUCCCCGUCCUGCUGUCUGAAGAAGACACAGGCUCAGAGCCCUCAGGCUCGCUGUCAGCCAAAGAGCGUUGGAGCAAGAGGGCCCGGCCGCCGCAGGACCUGGCCCGGCUGCUCGUGGAGAAGAGGCAGGGCCGCCUGCUGCUGCGCCUGGCCUCGGCGGCCUCGUCGUCGUCCAGCGAGGAGCAGCCCCGCGCCUCCGAGACUCUCUCAGGCACCGGCUCCGAGGAGGACGCGCCUGCCUCGGGGCCCGCCGCAGCCUUGCCCAGGAAGGCCGGCCGGGCAGCUGCUACCCGCAGCCGGAUCCCCCGCCCCAUCAGCACGUCGUCCGCACCCGCUGAAGCCCAGCAGCUCCCUAGCAGAUCCCAGGCUGCCAUCCCAGCACCCGACUCGGCCAUCACCAGCAGCAGGCUCCAGCUGCAGAAGCCUACAGGGUCAGCCACAGCCGCUGACCUCCGCCCCAAACAGCCCCCCAGCCGCGGCCCCGGUGCAGCGCGAGCCCAAGGCUCCAGAUCCGCAGCGCCCCGGAGCCCGGGCCUCCCGGCCUCCGCCACCGCCGCGCGCCACACCGGCGCGUCCCCGUCCCCGAGGAGCCAGUCCCUGCCCCGCAAAGAGAGCCCGUCCCCUUCGCACCAGGCUCGGCCUGGGGUCCCCGCACCCCGGGGGGUCCUCCAGGCCCGAGCGCAACCUGUUGGCACCUCCUCCUCCUCCUCCUCCCCUGGGGGUUCCAAGAAAGGACCUAGAGGGAAACCACUCCAGACUCAGCGCGCAGCAACCAAAGGCCGGGCAGCGGUCUCGGAGGGCCGGUCCGGGACCAGAUAAUGAUGCCCAGCGGCUCUCUACGGGGGAGGGGGGAGCACACUCCCCUCCCCCGCCCAAACCCUUACUCCGGCCCUCCCCACCCCAAAACUGCAGCCGGCCUACACUGGAGCAGCUCCCAGCACAGCCUUACGCGCGCCUGAUGCGCACCGCCGCGGCCCCAGCUUCCCACCCGCGCCCCAGAGGACACGCGUGAGCAC